AAACUGAGCAUGCGCACACUUCCUUCUAGGUUCUUCCAAGUUAAGUAUGGUGGGCAAAGCGCGCCUGGUCCUUGUAGGUUAGAUAAAGUGACUUCGAAAGCCGCAUACUAGUUCAUAAGGGUAACAACAUUUCAUGGACGAUACUGGCCUGCAACUCUCAGACAACACCAUUUCUGGAAUGCUGGACACUGAGUCCCCUGCCAUGGAGAGCAAUGGGGAUGCCUUUCUUCCUGACCUUCCUGUUCUAGGCCAAACUGCUGACUGGUCCCCAGACCAGGUUACUCCAGAACCACUGACCAAUAUCUUGCCUGAUGACUCCGAUGCGUCCCAGGAUGCUCCGGGGGAACAACAGUCACCAAAUGGGCAGAUGGAUUCCACAGAGCUGGGAUCUGUGGAGAAGGCUGUGGAGCAGUUUCAGAUUGUCAGUGCUCAGCUCUUCCAAGAGCAGCCACCACCGCCACCACCACAACCCGCAGACGAGGCAGAGCAGCCAUCAGAACACAAAUCUGAGUCUGGAGAGUCCGAGCAAGACAACCAGGAGAUGAGGGUAGAGCCAGAAGCUGCUGUGCAGGAUGGCAGUCAAGAUGGGACUGAGGCCCCACAGAUGACAGAGGAUAGCAUGGAGCUGGAAGAACCACCCAAAGAGACAACCGAAGAGUUGACUGUUCCUACUGAGCCCGAACCAGAGCUGCCCAGUGAGUUUGAAAAACUAUUCAAAGGAUGCGAAGAGAACCCAGAAGACUUCAAUGGUUGGGUCUACCUGCUGCAGUAUGUGGAGCAAGAGAAUGCCCUUCCAGCUGUGAGAAAGUCAUUUGAUAUAUUCUUCCUACGUUAUCCCUACUGCUAUGGCUACUGGAAGAAGUAUGCUGAUAUUGAGAAAAAGCACGAGAACAUACAGGUUGCAGAAGAGGUAUACAGAAGAGGCUUGCAGGCCAUCCCUCUCAGUGUGGAUUUGUGGCUGCACUACCUGACCUUUAUCAAAGAGAACUCUGACCUGAGUGACCCAGAGACCGAGGGACGCAUUCGAGCGGCCUAUGAACAUGCAGUGCUUGCAGCAGGCACGGACUUUCGCUCAGACCGUCUGUGGGAGUCCUUCAUCAACUGGGAGACAGAGCAGGGGAAACUGGCGAACGUCAGCGCCAUCUAUGACCGCAUCUUGGGCAUCCCAACCCAGCUUUAUUCCCAGCACUUCCAGAGGUUCAAAGAACAUGUGCAGAACAACAACCCCAAACACUUCUUGUCAGAAGAGGAGUUUGUUCAGCUGAGGCUCGAGCUCUCAAAAGCCAGCCUAUUGGCGAUGAUCAGCGAGGAAGAAGGGACAACGGUUGAUCAGGAGGAGCUGCCGCCUGGUACAGAGGAUCUUACAGACCCUGCUAAGAGAGUGACGGAGAUCGAGAAUAUGCGCCACAAGGUGAUCGAAGUUCGGCAGGAAGUGUUCAACCACAACGAACAUGAAGUCAGCAAGCGCUGGACCUUUGAGGAAGGGAUUAAGAGACCAUACUUCCAUGUCAAAGCCUUGGAGAAGACCCAGCUGAACAACUGGAAGGAGUACCUGGACUUUGAAAUCGAAAAUGGGACUCCGGAGCGCGUGGUCGUUCUGUUUGAACGAUGCCUCAUCGCUUGUGCACUCUAUGAAGAGUUCUGGACCAAGUAUGCAAAAUAUCUAGAGGGCUACAGCACUGACGGCGUGAGACAUGUCUACAAGAAGGCGUGUACCAUCCAUUUGCCCAAGAAACCAGCCAUCCACCUCCUGUGGGCUGCCUUCGAGGAGCAGCAAGGUAAUGUAGAGGAGGCUCGUGGCAUCCUGAAGUCCCUGGAGGCAGCAGUCCCAGGUCUGGCCAUGGUGCGCCUUCGGAGGGUCAGUCUUGAGCGUCGCCAUGGUAACUUGGAGGAAACGGAGGCCCUGUUAAGGGAGGCCAUGGAGUCUGCAAAGAAUGCCACUGAGACAUCGUUCUAUGCUGUGAAGCUGGCCAGGCAGAUGAUGAAGGUGCAGAGAAGUCUGAGCAAGGCUAGGAAGGUGCUGCUGGAUGCUAUUGAAAAAGACCAGACGAGUCCAAAACUCUAUCUAAACCUGCUUGAGCUGGAAUAUAGUGGAGAUGUAACGCAGAAUGAGGCGGAGAUCUUGGCUUGUUUCGACCGGGCCCUGAACAGCCAGAUGCCCCUUGAAUCCCGCCUCCUCUUCUGCCAGCGCAAGGUUGAGUUCCUCGAGGACUUUGGCAGUGACAUCAAUGUGCUUGUGGCUGCAUAUGAGGAACAUCAGAAACUCCAGAAAGAAAGUGAACCCACAAAGAGGAAGGCCGAGAACGGGUAUGACAGCUCUCAGGAACCUGACGCCAAGAGACAGCGUGUAGACGACGGUUCCCCGGAUGCUGCCAACGCAGUGGCAGACACACAGGCAAACAACUCUGCAUACAACAACUGGUACCAGCAACAAUACGGCGGUUGGGGACAAAACUCCUGGGGACAGUACAACCAAUACGCUCAGUAUAACCAGUACUACCCUCCCCCCCCAACAUGAUGGACACAAUCCUGACGGGAAGAUGGAGACUUAGAUGAAAGCAUCCUUUCUGACCUGCCUACAUCUCUGAACAGGGCUUCUCAACAUGGUGUCAUGGAGAUUUCAAUCCAACCACAGAAGCUGAUUUGUUAAAGUGUGCUUAUUUGUUAGAAUUCGUAGUAAUUAGCUGGAAUAUAAUACACUUGGCCCUCCGUGACAGUCAUGCUGAUCAGUCAUGUUGUUAAUGUGUAAACAUUAAUUUCCACAUUCAUCAUCUCCAUCACCGGUUGCUUUUUGGGGUUCUUUAAUGCAUGUUAUUUGUGAAGGCAGAUAUAUUUUUUUCUUGUGCGAUUUAAAGCUUUUUAAUUUUUAGAUUGGAUGACUUAGUUUGGUCUCUUUCUUUGUGUUUAAGAUUUAAACUUGUACAGGAGGCUGUCAUUGAUGUAGCUGAGUCAUGUGUUUCUCUCUCCCAAACUAAAAGACUUUUAAUAUUUCAUGGUUAUGUUUCCAUAAAUCAAAUGGAGAGGUCCUCCUUUUCUUUCAUGGUUAUGUUUCCAUUAAGCAAAUGAAGAGUUCCUCUUUUUUAUUUUGACUUGAUUUCAUAAUAAAGAUUGAUAUCCUGAA